AUGGUGCCAAAGGUGAAGAAGGAAGCUCCUGCCCCUCCCAAAGCUGAAACCAAAGCAAAGGCUUUGGAGGCCAAGAAGGCAAUACUAAAAGGUGUCUACAGCCACAAGAAAAAAAGAAGAUCCAUACAUCCAUCACCCACCUUCUGGUGCCCGAAGACACUGUGGCUCCGGAAGCAGCCCAAAUAUCCUUGGAAGAGCGCCCCCAGGAGAAACAAGCUUGAACACUAUGCCAUCAUCAAGUUCCCCCUGACCACUGAUUCUGCCAUGAAGAAGAUAGAAGACAACAACACACUUGUGUUCAUUGUGGAUGUCAAAGCCAACAAGCACCAGAUCAAACAGGCUGUGAAGAAGCUCUGUGACAUUGAUGUGGCCAAGGUCAACAUCCUGAUCAAGCCUGAUUGA